AAGUGGCUGGUAAACGGAAAAAACGGUAAAAAUUGUGAGUGUGUUUCACUAAAAAAAAUUUAUAUGUAAAUACUUUAUAAUUAAAAAAUAAAAAACAAAAGUGAAUCGAAUGAGUAACGGUACAAAAAAAUUAAGAAAUUUUCUACUCUACUCACCACCAACGUGUGUCGCGCUGUUUUGUUUUGUUUUUUUAAUAUUGGCUGAGAGUACGAAUUGUACAACUAUUAAAUACAUAUACCAGAUUAUUAUUAAAUAUACAAGAAAAAAACAAAACAAAUCACAAGAGAAAUUUCCCUCCCAAUCGCUCCCUUCUGUAAAUUGUUUCUAUAUGUGUAAUGCUCUCUUCCAUCAUAAAGCCGGUCUGUCAAAACAUUUAGUAGUGAAUCAAGUUGUUAUAGUUGUUGAUAUUUCAAAUUAACAUACAUAAAUCAAAACAACAAAAAAUAUAUACAUACAUUUAUCGUGGUUCGAAUCGAGUUUAACAACAACUGAAACAAUAACAAAAAAAUAAUAAUAACAAUAAAAUUAACAAUAACAACAAUCAGUAAAAGAUGAAGGAAUAUCAACAAUUUGAAAAGUUCCACUUUCAUUGGGCGGAUUACUUAGUAUUUAUAUCUAUGAUUCUUUUAUCAACCAGUACUGGUAUAUAUUAUGGAUAUUUCAGAAAAGAAAAAAUCGUCAAAGAAUUACAACAAGAAGAUGUUGACAAUAAAGAUAAGAUUAAAACCGAUUUCGGUUCAACAAAAAUGAGUGAAUAUCUAUUGGGUUCAAGAAAAUUAAAAAUAUUUCCAGUUGCAAUGAGUUUGGUCGGUAGUUAUGUUUCUGGUGUGACUAUUUUGGGAACCGUAUCGGAAAUCUAUAAUUUUGGCACCCAAUACUGGCUAAUAAUUGUGUCUAUAUUUUGUAUGUCAAUUGUUGUUUCCAAAGUUUAUUUACCAGUUUUUGCAGCACUACGUGUGGGAUCUUCAUAUGAGUAUUUAGAAGUGCGUUUCAGUUCCGCUGUACGCAGUAUUGCCUCAAUAAUGUUUGUAAUGGAUGAGAUGUUUUUCUUGCCAAUUAUUUUAUAUGUACCUGCGAUAGCAUUUAAUCAAGUAACCGGCAUUAAUAUUCACAUUAUAAGUAGUGUGAUCUGUGUAAUAUGUGUAUUUUAUACACUAAUUGGUGGUAUCAAAGCUGUGGUCCAUACUGAUGCUUGGCAAAUUUUGGUCAUGUUUUUAUCAGUUUUGGUUGUAGUUAUAUUUGGUACUGUAUAUGCUCAUGGCUUUGGUAAUGUCUUUCAAAGUGCCUCCGAAGGUGGCCGCUUAAUAUUUGCCAAUAUUAACCCAUCGCCCUAUGAUCGCCAGACGUUGUGGGGUGUUUUGAUUGGUGGCUUUUUCUAUUGGACUUCUUUUAAUUCGGUUAAUCAGACAAUGGUGCAACGUUAUAUGUCUUUGCCAUCCUUGAAAAAGGCUCAAUGUUCGAUAGUUAUUUUUACCAUUGGUAUUGUGCUUUUCAUAUCGGUGUGUUGUUUUGCCGGUUUAUUGGUGUAUAAUUUCUAUAAGGAUUGCGAUCCCUUGUCAUCCGGCUUAAUAACGCAUGAUGAUCAACUUUUACCCGUAUAUGUUAUGCAAACUGUGGGAAGUCUACAUGGCAUACCAGGUCUGUUCAUAGCCGGUGUCUUUGGUGCUGCUCUCAGCUCGCUUUCGGUAGUUUUGAAUUCAACAGCUUUGGUUAUUUUGGAAGAUAUUGUUAAAGGCUGCUUCCACUUGAAAUUAUCCGAAAAGGCUUCCUCUAUAUUGGUAAAGAGUUGUAUUAUUGUUCUUGGAGGUGUGGCUGUAUCACUUGUUUUUGUCUUAGAACAAUUAAGCGGUAUAUUAAGUGUGGCUACUUCGGUAACUGCUAUUGCUGCUGGCACUACUUGUGGUAUAUUCACAUUGGGCAUGUUAGUGCCAUGGAGUAAUAAUAAAGGUGCUUUGGCUGGUGCCUUGGCAGGUGCUUUAAUGUCUGGCUGGAUUUCAUUUGGUUCACAAAUUGCCUUUGCCCAGGGUCAGGUGACACCUGUAAAACUUCCAGUUUCCGUGUCGGAUUGUCCUAUUAGUGAUUAUCCAUUGUUCGGCAACAGUACUUCGAGUCCGGUAGAUGAAUCAGAUGUAUUUCCUUUAUAUCGCCUAUCAUUCCAUUGGAUUAAUCCUAUUGGUGUACUUACUACCGUUCUAGUGGGCACAAUAGUUUCAUUCUUAACAGGUCCAACUGUUGUGAAGAAAUUAGAUGCUGAUGUCAUAUCGCCAGUGAUUCACAGGUUUUUACCAAAAGAAUGUUUUCCACCAACUAGUACAGGCGAUGGCGAUAUAACAAGAGAAAAUACUGCGCAAACAUUAACCUAUCUUUUAAGCGAUGGCAGCAGCAAGAUAACUGAUCUGGACGGAAGUACAGACAAUAGUGAAAAAUAUUAAAGCGUAUAAUUAAAAAAACUAUUAGAAAUACCUUGCCAAAUUUAGGGUUAAAAGCUAAUUGUAAAUUGUGUGAAUAUAAUCAACAUGUUAAUAUAUUAUUGGCCACAUACAAAUUAAUUAUUAUACAACUAAGUAAUAGUAAUAACUAAUUAUAUAAACACAUGCUUGUAUACAAACAAAUUUCUUAUUUUGCUAAUUUUAUAAAGUGCAAUUGUACAGGUACAAUCAAAGUCUAUAAAUAGUACAUAAUUUAAAGCUUUUAUUUUUUCUAUUACCAAUCUUAUAUAGAUUAUAAAUUAUGCUGUUUAGUUAUAAAUUUGUUUAAUAAUUUAAGUAAUUUUUCAUGUUAAAUAUUAUUUAAGUUUUACACUAUAUUUUAAAAGAUUAGUUGAUAAAAGAAAUGGCGUUUACUUAAUAACAUUUAAGCUUAUUUUUAAUUGGAAAUUUGUUUCAUGAAUUGUUUAAUUGAAGCUUGCUAUUUUAUUAAUAAAUUGUAAUAAAAAUUAUAUAUUUCCUCUCCACAAAAUAUGUUUAAAGGAAGGCAGCUGCCUUUUUUUAAAUGUUCAAAAUUUAUAACUUUUUUAAUAAAAAGCAUUUAAUAGGAUAAUACAGGGAGUUAUCUUAACAGUAGUUACUGUCUUCUUAAGUAUAACAUAUGUUAUAUAAUUAUAAUUGACCUCAUUUCUGUAAAAGCAUAAAAAAACGCUUUUAAAGAAACUAAAAAUGUGUUAAACUGUUACUAUAAGUGCAAUAUUAGUUAUAAUAUUAGUAAAAUUUUAAUUUCAAAUUGUUCGUUCUUUUUUAUUCAUUUGAAUCACAGAACUACUUUGUGAAUUGAACAGUUUUUAAUUAUUUUCUUUUUUCUUAAAUUGUACUUAUUGUUUUAGUUAUAAUUAUUAAGUUAAUUUUUUAUUCUAAUUUUAUUGUUAAUUUCCUUUAAAUGUAAAUCCUUUAAAACAUAAAA